AUGUUUCUUGGAUUCAUCAACAGAAAUAUUGUCAAUAAAUUUCUACGAGACUUGUUAGGUUUUGAAAAGAGUUCAGAAGAUCUACCUCUACCCUGUUCGUAUUGGAAUCCUGAAGGCUUCAAUUCAUACGUAUUUUUCGCCUACUUGUACAUUCUUCAAAGUUUCAUGAUCACGAUUAACGUUAUGGAAAUAUACUGCGUGCAGAUUGCAGUAAGUCUUUCUACCAAGAGAGUUCUUGCCGAUUUUGAAACGAUUUACAUCUUGAUUGAUGAGCUGGGAAAAGAUUUCCCAGAAAUUGGGAUCAAUAGUGGAGUUCUCCGUGAAUCGAAUGAGAAUCGAAGCUAUGAUUAUGGAAAUCAAAUCAACUAUGAUUAUGGAAAAAAUAACUCAGGAGCACAGAAUGAGAAAUUGAAGACAGAUAUUAUACGUAUAGCGAGAUGUCACCAAAGUCUAAUCAGAAAUCUCAAGGACUGUGAAAUGAGUUCAGGAUCGGCUCUUCUUUUGAUUAGUAUGCUAAUAUUCAUAGACACCUGUACUGAAUUCUACUUAAUUUUGAAGGCAGAUAAUAUAAUGACAUCGAUAAAUUAUGGCAUGUCGAGUUUAUUGAUAAACUUGGCCAUUCUCUUUCCUUAUCACACAGGCCAACGUAUUGCCGAUCAGAAUGACAUUCUACGCCAACAACUGAGUAAUCUUCCAUGGAUUGACAAGCCUGGAUGGUUCAAGAAGAUAUUGACAACUAUUAUGAUUCGCGCCAACGUGGAUAUUGUAAUUCAGCCUUUCGGAGUUCAUUAUCUAAAUCAUGUGUCAUUCAAAAAUAUGAUAAGAGUAUCUUUCUCAUUUGGGAACUUCCUCUACAACACUAAAUUUGAAACGCCAUGAGACUCAAAG